CGCAUUUCCUGUAUAGAUUGUUUUACCACAUCACAAUUAUUAAUUUCCUACACUUUAUAAUGCAAUGAUUACAGUGUAGGAGGUGAAGGGUCUGUUUUAUUUCUCAGAAUGCCCGCAGUCAUUCCCCCGACACGAAAGCUACGCGCCUAUCAAUAGUCUCUCUUCAGCACCACCCUUCAUCCCAACCUGCCCCGCUCGUCUCGAAGGAUACAGGGGAGUGACGCAGGAGGAUAGAAGGAAAAACUGCGCCGAACCUCGAAAGAAGGAUUGGGUAGGGGGUGCUGCAAUAAGACAAAUUAUGUACACCCAAUUGUAAGUCACGGAUCAUCCGUUCCCUAGAACUGAGACCGAAGCACGUCCUGUCUGGUCAGAGGACGUGGAAGCCAGACUCACCUGUUAUCUAUUUUACGCAGCCACCCACGAAUCUUUUGAUGGAUGCGAAUCGAAUUUGGACAAUUAUUUGAGGUAGGCAAAUGUUAGAUAUUCGUGUUGACUUUUCUUACCGUGACCAGUUUACAUAUCCUUCCUCGAGUCAAUUGAACAGGUCUAAACCUUGAAGCAGGUGCAGGCCACUCCAUCGGUAGAAUUAGAAAAUAAACGAAUUUAAUUGAUACCCAUUUUGACAACCUGUUUUUUUUCUUCUGCGACCCCGGAUUGAUUAAUUUCCAACUGAUCCUUCCAUUCAAAUGGGAAAAUAGGUUUGGUUAUAAGCUAUUGGUAGGUUAAUUCAUCCAUUGUUAAUUUGCAUCAGAGGGGAGGGUUCGCCAUAUACCUUUUCGUAUACUUUUUUGAUCUUCAACAUGAAUUACCUGCGUCGUCGGCUGUCGGACAGCAAUUUUAUGUCCAAUUUGCCCAAUGGGUACAUGACUGACCUACAACGCCCUGACCCGCCUCAGCAAGACCCUGCAAUAGUGUCGCCUGGACCACCAGAGAGGCGUAUGUCUACCAACCAGCAAUCUGAGGGCACUGGAAGCGGAGCCGGAGCUGGCUUUUUAUCCUCCUUUACUAAAGCUGUCAAACAAACCACUGCCGCUGUCGCUGAGAAAGUCACCGAGGUAGCAGACAAAGCAGGCGUUGCCUCUGGUGCCAAGAUACUCCUGGUUAUUGAUGACCAACAGACAGACUGGGUAAAGGUCUUCAAAGGUAAAAAGGUUCAUGGUGAAUUCGACAUUAAGGUGGAACAGGCUGACUUCUCUGAAAUCAACUUGAUAGCUCAUGCUACGGGGGCCUAUAGUGUUGAUAUAGAAGCAAUCCGGAAUGAAACCAAGGUCACCAAAUGUUUCAGGCCUGACUUUGUGCUGGUUAGACAGCAUGCCUUCAGUAUGGCCAAGAAUGGAGACCACCGACACAUAGUGAUUGGGUUGCAGUAUGCUGGUCUCCCAGGUGUAAACUCUCUGCACUCUGUCUACAACUUCUGUGACAAGCCAUGGGUGUUUGCUAAUAUGGUGAGAUUGUACAAACAACUGGGACCAGAGGAAUUCCCACUGAUCGAGCAGGUUUACUAUCCCAACCACAGGGAAAUGAUCACCACUCCUGGUUUCCCUGUGGUGGUGAAAAUGGGCCACGCCCACUCAGGGAUGGGGAAGGUGAAAGUGGACAAUCAAUAUGACUUCCAAGAUAUUGCCAGUGUUGUUGCUCUGACCAAGACCUAUGCCACAUCUGAACCUUUCAUUGAUGCAAAGUACGAUGUCCGCAUCCAGAAGAUUGGAGACAAUUACAAGGCCUACAUGCGGACAUCGAUUUCAGGGAACUGGAAAACCAACACUGGUUCAGCCAUGCUGGAGCAGAUAGCCAUGUCAGACAGGUAUCGAAUGUGGGUGGACUCCUGCUCUGAGGUGUUUGGUGGUUUAGAUAUGUGUGCUGUGGAGGCUCUGCAUGGGAAAGAUGGCAAGGAUUACAUCAUAGAGGUGGUGGGCUGCUCCAUGCCCCUGAUUGGAGACCAGCAGGAUGAAGACCGUGCACAAAUUGCAGAAUUGGUCGUCUCCAAAAUGAACCAGACAGUCCCACACAUUGCAAGUCCCUCUCCUGUCCGCCCCACAGCUGCACAGCCCGCACAGAAAGCUGCAUCCCCUCAGCCCAUCUCACAACCCAAAGUGCCACAGGCUCAGCAACGCCCUCCUCCCCAAGGUGGCCCACAACAAGCCCCCACCAGCAGUACCGCCCCUCGCCAAGGCUCCCCCUCCCAGCAGCGCCCCUCACCCCAAGGCCAGUCCCCUGCCCAAAGCUCCAACACCCAGAAUCCCUCUGCCCAGGCACCACAACAGGCCAGACAGGCCAGCCCAGGAGCUGGGGCCCAGCAGCGUCCCCCAGGGCAAGGGCAGAAACCCUCCUCUGGUCAGGGCUCCCCCCAGAGAUCCAUGAGCCAGGGUGGCUCCCCUCAGAGCCAGAGGCCACAGCAGUCAGGACCCCAGCAGCAGCAGAGACCCCCCCCUGGAGGCCCGGGCCAGAAGCCCACAGGGGGCCAGACCCAGCAGAGGCCCCAGCAGAAGCCAGGUCAGCCCGCCAGGCAACAGUCCCAGGGAGGAGGUCCCCAGGUUCCACAGCAGCAGAGAGCUCCAGCCCAGCAAGCCCGCCCUGGGGCCCCUACUACUCAGCAGCCCCGCCCUAGUGCCCAGGGCCAGGGAGGCCCUGGAGGGAAACCCCCUCUGCAGCAGAAACCCCAGCCCCCACUGAAGCCCAGCCAUGACCACCCUGCUAUGGGAGCCACCCCUCCACUGAACAAGUCCCAGUCUCUUACCAAUGCCUUCAACAUUCCAGAAACCCCAGCCCCGCAGGCCAGCCUUAGCCAGGAUGAGGUGAAGGCUGAGACCAUACGCAACCUACGCAAAUCUUUUGCCAGUCUCUUUUCAGACUGAGAGAUGGAGUAAGCCCCCCUCCCACACCGACAGAAAGACAGACAGACUGAAAGACAGACCCUUCCCCGCCAAUGCGCAAAGGACCAACAGGACUUCACCUCCCUAUUAUGGACAUUGAUGUACAUUGAUGUGAACAUUCAUUAUAAAACAUCCACUGCCUAUACAUUUCAAGACCACACAUAGAAUAUAAUACAGCUAGGUUUGUUGGUGUCAGUCUGAAACAUUCCCAGUCACCUUCACAUUCAAAAUGAUUUGUACACACACACACACACACACACACACACACACACACACACACACACACACACACACACACACACACACACACACACACACACACACACACACACACACACACACACACACACACACACACACACACACACACACACACACACACACACUUCUCUUGUUGUUGCACGUGUGUUUAAAUUUCUGAAAAAAGGGUGAAGAUUCUUGUCCCUUUAUAGAUUGUGUUGUUAUAUAAUGGGACAGUGGCUGUUUGUAUGGUAUGUAUUGAAAGAUAUCUGCUUGGUCAUCCUUUGAUCAUUUUGAAUGUUUUUUAUGCUAAUAGUGGGAUCAAUACACUGGUAAUCUUCAUGAAAGUGUUGCCAGUUUUCUGUUGUUACUGUAAAAUCAUAGUGACACAUUUGACCAACUUUUGGUUGGCUCUCAAAUGAACCAUCACUAAGCCAUCACAGUAGGUCACUUCAUUGUUACAGUAAAGCAACACUAUAGCUGUUUGAGCUACCCAUUUAUUCUAAGUGAUGUUGCUUUAGAUGCAUGUCAAUAAAGGAGGUAUGGUUGCAGUUUCAACCACUCACUUUGGCGCUUGUAACCGUGUUGUCACAUGUAAUUAGCUAGAGUAGUUAGCAUUGCAAAUGUAUAUGUUGUUUUUGUGAGAAUGCCGUUGCUGCCUCCCUCUCCCUUCUCCUGUUAGAUUAGGACAAAACCCCAAUAGCACUCAUCUUGGAAAACAUGCCUUACACAGACACAGAGUUCAGUCAGAUCAAAUGGUAUUGUCUCAGGGAUGUCCUGGUGAUUGUGACACACUCGUGUCAGGAGUCAGGUCUUCCAUACGUUGCACUGUAAUUAGGAUAAUGAUCUACUGCAAAUGAUAGCAAAAGCAUGUGUUUUUAUUGAGGUAGAAUGUAUUUGUUAUUUGAAAUGAACCAAGAAAUGUUUUUUUGAUUUUAAUGUCAGUUUGUCAGAUUGCAGAGACACAGCCGUCUUAGUGCUCUAUUUUACCAGCCCACAAGGGCCUGGAAUGCUGCUGUCUCUAUGAGUGGAGAGUGUCUGGGUGCCUGUGCUGUCUGUCCCCUGGUUCCCAACAGGGUCACAGCUUGUGAGCAGGAGGCCUAGUUCAAUGAAAUGCUCAGCCAAGGAAUGUCCCAUGGAUCAUGUAGACAGUGUAAAAUAAACGCACUGGGAUUCCCCCUGUGGGAUAUAGCACUGCAUUAUACUUCUGUUUGAUUUUCUACUCAUAACACUUUCUCCCCAAAAUAUCAAUCAAUGACCCCUUUGAUAAUUGGUCAGAAAAAGAGCCCAUUGCUGAGACCUCUUCCAAGGGCACUAAACAUGUCUUCCAAAAAGAGUGUGUUCCAUCAACAUGGCAAUAUGUUGUUAUGGAGCGAAUUUCGGAAAGUCCCAACCUCCUUGCAGAACCCCUGUGCAUCUGCCCCUUUGUGUAUCCACAGUGACCCCUUGUGAUAAGUGGUGCAUAAACGUGUUCAUGUUGUUCUGUAAAACUGUCAAACCAAAUAGAAUUGUUGUAUAGAUAGUGACAUACAAAUUAUGCAGAUUCGUCACGCCCCCCGCUGACGUGCUUGUUAAUAUUUUGUGUGUUUUCAAUGAAUACUUGUGGAUGUUGGUUGAUUUUUGGCAUUUCUGUCAUUCAUUUUUGGGGAUUACGCCCUUUUUAGUACUGGCAUUUAUGGUCAUGGAUUAUUUCUACUUUUUGAAGAAGCUUUUUUAACUUCAGUUUCUCUUCUAUUCAGGAUUACAUGCCUUUGUUUUUCGAACGUCUAUUAAACUUCUUAUAAUAGGACUCAAUGUAAAUCAUAACUCAGCAAACAGAAUUGUCAUGGUAUACCAUUUUGUGUGGAUCACAGAAACCUCAAAUGAUACCUCCUACAAAUCUGUGAAAUUGACUUGUCUAGAUGAAGGCGUGAUUGGCAUGCAUUGUUACUGUUUUAUUCUGCCCUCUGCCUCUGUGUGGUAUGCUCUCCCUCCUAUAACUCAUAGCUAUGUUUGGAGUUAUAAUCCUCCUGUGGGUUAUACAUUGGGGUGAUAAUUACAACAAUCUUGAUGAAUCCUAUUUGUUGAUAUUCAUUAGACGUGUUUGUUGACGUGGUACAUGUUUCUUUUAAAUGUUUACAUUCUUUUUAAUGGAUAUAUUUGAAUGUAUGUUUACAAUUGGUAGGCUAUGCCUUUUUCCUUUGGUAAAGUGGUUUUCCUGUUUUCUAAAUGCAGAUGUUUUUAUUUCGGAAAGGUUUUAUCUGUUAUCUGCACUAUGAAUUUCUGUGAAAUUGAUUGUCAAUAUUGAUGCCUGCCAGAUGUAUAAAAUAAGAAAUCUAUAUAUGUAUCUAAAAUAAACAACAAUGAAGAGGAAAUAUUAAAUAUAUUGUAAAUCAUGGUGGAGUGUUAAAAUACAUGUAGAAACGUAUAGUUGAUGUUAUUUGCAAUGUAGCUGAAUAAUUAUGUGAAAAUUACUAUGCUAUCAACAUGUGCACAUAUUCAAUAAAGUUCAAGACCAAUAGUAA